CACUUGGGUUCAAGCCGGGGCAACUUUAGGUGAACUCUAUUACAACAUUGCUAGUAAAAGCAAAAACCAUGCUUUCCCUGCUGGGGGCUGGGGUUUGUCUGACCCUGGCAACGGGAGGCCAUUUUAGUGGCGGUGGGUAUGGGAACAUGCUUAGGCAAUACGGUUUGUCUGUCGACAACAUAGUCGAUGCACAAGUGGUGGAUGUGGAGGGUAGAGUUCUUAAUCGACGUACGAUGGGAGAAGAUCUUUUUUGGGCUAUUAGAGGUGGAGGAGCUGCUAGCUUUUGUGUUGUCUUAUCAUGGAAAAUCAAGCUCGUACGCGUUCCUGAUCUGGUAACGGUUUUCAAUGUUCCUAGGACAUUGGAACAAGGUGCAACAAACAUUGUCAUGCAAUGGCAACAAGUUGCUUCUAGAAUUGACAGAGAACUCUUCAUUCGAGUGCAACCACAGGUCCAGUUCAUAGGAGGAAAAAAGACUGUACAAGUUUCGUUCAUCGGGUUAUAUCUUGGAAACUCUAGCUCCUUGCUCUCAUUAAUCAACAAGAACCUCCCUCUUUUAGGCCUAAGAGGCCAGGACAUUCUUGCAAUGCCAUGGGUCAAUACGACCCUCUUUUGGAAUUCCAUCCCUACAAACACUCCUCUUGAAGUACUAUUGCAGCGGUCACCGACUCCUUCUAACAGCUACCAGAAACACAAAUCAGAUUAUGUAAAGACGCCUAUUCCAAGAUCAGGGCUAGAGAUAAUAUGGCAAAAGAUGAUGGGUUUCGACAAUGUGUUGACGUUAAUGCAAUGGAACCCGUACGGUGGGAAAAUGAGUGAAAUUCCUGAGAGUGCGACGGCUUUUCCUCACAGAGCAGGAAAUAUAUUCAAGAUGCAAUAUAUCACAAUAUGGCAAGAUGGUAGUGAUGGGUCUUUGAGUAAGAACAUGGAGGCCACUCGAGAACUUCAUGUGACGUUCACUCCUUAUGUGUCUAGGAAUCCGAGAGAAGCAUUCUUGAAUUACAGGGACAUUGAUGUUGGAACCAACGAGAACGGAAGCUCGGUUUUUGCUUUCGAUUUCUUCAAGGAUAAUGUGAAGAGGCUCUUGCAGGUGAAGGCCAAGGUUGAUCCAACCAAUUUCUUUCGAUAUGAGCAGAGUAUUCCAUUGUCUUCUACCCCGUAGCAAUGGAUUGAACAUGCAAGGAACAUAUAUGUGUGAUGGGUGGUAGGAUUAUUAU